GGCUCUGUUCUUCGGUGUUGAUCUUCAGCAUCUAUCAAUGGCGUCUUCCAAGUACACCGCAGUCGCGCAUGCAGCAGCAGAAGACGCAAGUGGUGGCGGGCUCUUCUCGCUGUUGAUGUCGGAGGUGCGCUUGGUCGAGCUCCUGGUGGCGGCGGGCGUCUUCGUGGUCCUGCACGCGCUGUGGCAGGGGAAGCGGCAGGGGGUAGCGGUGUGGCCGGUGGUGGGUAUGCUUCCGUCGCUGCUGCUGGGGAUCCGCCAAAACAUUUACGAGUGGCUCACCUGCGUGCUCCGGCGGCAGGGCGGCACGUUCACUUUCCGCGGCCCCUGGUUCAGCAACCUCCACUGCGUUUUCACCGCCGACCCCCGCAACCUGGAGCACCUGCUCAAGACCAAGUUCGCUAGCUUCCCUAAAGGCGAGUACUUCCGCGCCACCGUAAGGGACCUCCUCGGCGACGGAAUCUUCAGCGCCGACGACGAGACCUGGCGCCAGCAGCGAAAGACGGCCAGCCUCGAGUUCCACUCCGCCGGGUUCCGCGCAAUGACCGCCAGCUCCCUCGUUGAGCUCGUCCACCGCCGCCUCCUCCCCGUCCUCGCGGCCGCUGCUGACGCGAAGGGCGGCGACGGCGAGAUCGAUCUCCAGGAUGUGCUCCUCCGGCUCACCUUCGACAACGUGUGCAUGAUCGCCUUCGGCAUCGACCCCGGCUGCCUCCGCCCGGGGCUGCCAGAGAUCCCGUUCGCCAAGGCCUUCGAGGACGCCACUGAGGCCACCAUCCUCCGCUUCAUCAUGCCCACCGCCAUCUGGCGCGCCCUCCGCCGCCUCAACCUCGGAAGAGAGCGCAGCCUACGCUGCUCGAUCCGUCGCAUCGACCAGUUCGCCUACGACGUCGUCGCCGCUAGGAGAAAGGAGCUCGAGUCAUCCACCUGCAACGCCGGGCCAGCAAGGUCCGACCUGCUCACGGUGUUCGCCGGGAUGAAGGACGACAACGGAAACGCCUUCUCCGACAAAUUCCUAAGGGAUGUGUGCGUGAACCUUAUCCUCGCCGGGAGGGACACGUCGUCGGUGGCGCUGGCGUGGUUCUUCUGGCUGCUGAACCAGCACCCGACGGUGGAACAGAGGAUCCUAGACGAGGCGAAAGAUAUACUCAAAGGGAGAGAAUUCCACGAAGAUAAGGUGGUGUUUCGGCCGGAGGAGGUGAAGAGGAUGGAGUACUUGCAGGCGGCGCUCUCGGAGGCUCUCCGGUUGUACCCUUCCGUGCCGAUCGACCACAAGGAGGUGGCGGAGGACGAGGUGUUCCCGGACGGGACGGUGCUGAAGAAGGGGACGAAGGUGGUGUACGCCAUCUUCUCGAUGGGGCGGAUGGAGAGCAUCUGGGGGGAAGACUGCCUGGAGUUCAAGCCGGAGCGGUGGCUCCGGGCGGACGGGCGGUUCACGAGCGAGUCGGCGUACAAAUUCACGGCCUUCAACGGCGGGCCGCGGCUGUGCCUGGGGAAGGAUUUCGCGUACUACCAGAUGAAGUUCGUGGCCGCCGCCGUGCUGCUCCGCUACCACGUCACGGUGGCGGAGGGCCACCCGGUCGUCCCCAAGCUGGCGCUUACCAUGUACAUGAAGCACGGGCUCAAGGUCACGCUCCGGCGAAGGGACGGUGCCGGAUUGUUGACCGAGAAUGCUUGAAUAAGUAUCUAUAAGUAAUAGUGUAUUUUUUUAUUAAAUAAUAUAAAAAAAGCGUGAAUAAUC